UGGAAUUUUAGUAACAUGGGUUGUUGUAAUUCAUGUUUUUCAAGACAACCCACAUCAGGAAAAACAAAUAAUAAUAAUAAUAUUAUAAAUAAUCAGCGCCACUCGCCGUCUAACGGAAAAUCAUCAGCAGCAGCAGCUGCAGCUGGUUUUGCCGGAGACAGCGGUGGGGUGCCGGUUUUUUCGGAGUAUUCAUUGUUAGAUUUAAAGGGUGCAACAAAUAACUUUAGUUCAGAAUUUAUUGUAUCCGAAAGUGGUGAAAAAGCUCCAAAUGUUGUUUAUAAAGGCCGUCUUCAGAAUAGAAGAUGGAUUGCUGUUAAAAAGUUUUCUAAAAUGGCUUGGCCUGAUCCCAAACAGUUUGCGGAUGAAGCAUGGGGAGUUGGAAAGUUGAGGCAUAAAAGGGUGGCAAAUUUGAUUGGAUAUUGCUGUGAUGGGGACGAGAGGCUACUUGUUGCAGAGUAUAUGCCUAAUGAUACUCUAGCCAAACACUUAUUUCACUGGGAGAAUCAAACAAUUGAAUGGGCAAUGCGUUUACGGGUUGCUCUGUGUAUUGCUGAAGCUUUGGAUUAUUGUAGCACUGAAGGUCGUCCAUUGUAUCAUGAUUUGAAUGCAUACAGAGUUCUCUUUGAUGAGAAUGGGGAUCCAAGGCUUUCAUGUUUUGGCCUGAUGAAAAAUAGUAGGGAUGGAAAAAGUUACAGCACCAAUCUCGCAUAUACGCCUCCCGAGUAUUUAAGAAAUGGGAGAGUUACUCCUGAAAGUGUUAGUUUUAGCUUUGGGACUGUUCUUUUGGAUCUUCUGAGUGGAAAGCAUAUUCCCCCGAGUCAUGCACUUGAAAUGAUUAGAGGAAAAAACAUUCUGCUAUUGAUGGAUUCACAUUUGGAGGGUAAUUUUUCAACAGAGGAAGCAACUGUUGUUUUUGAUCUUGCUUCAAAAUGCUUGCAAUAUGAACCAAGGGAACGACCAAAUACCAAAGAUUUGGUCACUACACUAUCUCCAUUGCAGAACAAACCAGAUGUUCCAUCUUAUCAGAUGCUUGGGAUCCCAAAACAUGAAGAAGCACCAGCUACACCACCGCACCCUCUCUCUCCAAUGGGUGAUGCGUGUUCAAGGAUGGAUCUCACAGCCAUCCACCAGAUAUUAGUGAUGACACAUUAUAAAGAUGAUGAAGGGACCAAUGAACUUUCUUUUCAAGAGUGGACCCAACAAAUGAGGGAUAUGUUGGAGGCAAGGAAGCGUGGGGAUCUAGCUUUUCGUGAUAAAGAUUUCAGAACAGCAAUCGAUUGUUAUUCUCAGUUCAUUGAUGUGGGCACUAUGAUAUCACCUACGGUAUAUGCAAGGCGUAGUCUUUGCCAUCUCAUGUGUGAUCAACCCGAUGCUGCUCUGCGAGACGCAAUGCAAGCACAAUGUGUCUACCCUGAAUGGUCAACCGCCUUUUACAUGCAAGCGGUUGCUCUUGCUAAACUAGAUAUGCACAAAGAUGCAGUUGAUAUGCUAAAUGAAGCUGCAACCCUGGAAGACAAAAAACGAGCAAAAUGAUUCUAUUGUUGUUUUGUAAGAGCAAUUGUCGAUUGUUGUUGUCGAUAAAUAGUUGUGUUAUAAUGAGAGGGAACAUCUUAGUUCAUGCGGGAAUCAACCGUCUUUUCUUCUAUUAAUUUUCAUUUUGUCAAUCCUGAAUUGUGAAGCAAACAUGUACAUUAAUAUCUAUGUUAGCGGGUGUUGGAUGUGCAAUUUGAAAAUGAUUUAUGUGAUUUUGAAUAA